AUGAUCACGGGGGCCCUGCAGGUCUCCGGCGGCGGCCUGCCGCUCCUGCUCGUCAGGCGGCGCCGGGCGUCGUUCCGGCCGCCCCAAGCGGUGGCGUCCGACGCCGCCGCGACCACGGGGAGGGAGGAGGGCGGCAAGGUGGCGCUGGGAGGGUCCGGCGUCGCCGUCACCAAGCUCGGCGUCGGGGCGUGGUCCUGGGGCGACACCACCUACUGGAACGAGUUCCAGUGGGACGAUAGGAAACUGAAGGCGGCUAAAGGAGCAUUUGAUGCGAGUAUCGACUGUGGAAUAACCUUCUUUGAUACCGCUGAAGUGUAUGGAGCAGGGAUAUCGGGAGCGAUUAAUUCAGAAAGUUUACUAGGAAGAUUUAUCAAGGAAAGGCAACAAAAGGAACAGGUGGAAGUGGCUAUCGCGACAAAGUUUGCAGCUCUUCCAUGGAGGUUUGGUCGUGGGAGCGUCAUUUGUGCGCUGAAGGCCUCGUUGGAUCGCCUUGGCAUCUCUUCAGUUGAGCUCUACCAACUUCAUUGGCCAGGGAUAUGGGGCAACGAAGAUUACCUGGAUGGCCUUGGAGACGCUGUCGAGCAAGGCCUUGUAAAGGCUGUUGGAGUUUCAAACUACAGCGAAAAACGUCUCCGGGAUGCCUACGAGCGCCUCAAGAAAAGGGGAAUUCCACUCGCUUCGAACCAAGUGAAUUACAGUCUGAUAUACAGGAACCCGGAGGACAACGGGGUGAAGGCGGCUUGCGAUGAGCUUGGCAUUACUCUGAUCGCGUAUUCCCCAAUCGCCCAAGGUGCUCUGACAGGAAAAUACACUCCGGAGAAUCCCCCGAAAGGGCCUCGAGGACGGAUAUACACGCCAGAGUUCCUGACAAAGCUCCAACCACUUAUCAACCGGAUCAAGGAGAUCGGAGGAAGCUACGGUAGGACUUCAACACAGGUGGUGCUGAACUGGCUGGUGUGCCAGGGCAACGUGGUGCCGAUCCCUGGCGCCAAGAACGCGGAGCAGGCCCGGGAGUUCGCGGGGGCGCUGGGGUGGAGCCUGACGGACGAGGAAGUGGAGGAGCUCCGGUCCAUGGCGCGCGAGGUCAAGCCCGUCAUCGGCUUCCCGGUGGAGAAGCUGUGA